AUGGCUUCAUUUUUUAGGUGGUACAACCACCAACUGGCGGUGAGACCAGUUCUCACCAAUUCACUGUCUGCUACUGUUUUGUUCGGAGUAGGAGAUAUCAUUGCUCAGACAACUUCAACAGAGGAUCAUAGCCCAAAAAGGAGGACGCUGGAAAAUAACGAAACUCAUAGCCGGUCGCUUUUGUCGACCACUGGAAUUGACCUACGCCGUACAUCUCGUGCUUGUAUAUUUGGAGGUCUUUUCUUUGCUCCAAUAGUUUCCAAAUGGUGGUACCCUUUUCUUAACGGGAUCAAGGGUCAAAAUUCAACAGUGACUACUCUGAAGCGAGUGGCCCUGGAUCAAAUGGUCUUUGCUCCGUUCAUAUCCGUGCCAAUGUACUUCACCUGUAUUGGCAUUCUCGAAGGGAAGAACUUUGAACAGUUGUCUGCAUCGCUUCAUAGGAAUUAUUUGCCAACCCUGAUGGCCAAUUGGUCUGUAUGGCCAGCUUUCCAGUAUGCCAAUUUCAUGUUCAUUCCUCAUGAAUACCGUCUUUUGGCAGUUAAUCUGGUGUCUAUUGCUUGGAACACAUUUCUGUCUUUCACAAACAAUCGAAGCAACGAAGUUAUCCAGCCUGAAAUUGCAAACUGA